UCGGCGGCUUCCUGGUACGUCACCUGUUGGUGUAGUUUGGUUUACGGAUGCUCCAGCUCGUUGGCCAGACACCGGCUCAAACACAGGUGCUUAUCCUCGGCAUAUCGCUCGGUGUGCAGCAUACAUCCACUCGCUGAGACAUGGCCCAGUGCGCCGAGCCGUCUGCCUGCUCCGGGCUGAACGGGGAGCAGAGUAAGCCGAGGAAGGUGGCUGUCAUCACGGGCAUCACCGGACAGGAUGGUUCCUACCUGGCUGAGUUCCUGCUGCAGAAAGGCUACGAGGUCCAUGGUAUUUUGCGGCGUUCCAGCUCCUUCAACACGGGCCGCAUUGAACAUCUUUACCAGAACCCACAGACACACACCGAGGGCAACAUGAAGCUGCAUUAUGGCGACUUGACCGACAGCACAUGUCUGGUGAAGAUCAUCAACCAGGUCAAGCCUACGGAGAUCUACAACCUGGGGGCUCAGAGUCACGUCAAGAUCUCCUUUGAGUUGGCUGAGUACACAGCUAACGUGGACGGUGUCGGUACACUGCGUCUGCUGGAUGCCAUAAAGACGUGUGGUCUGACCAACAGCGUGCGUUUCUACCAGGCCUCCACUAGUGAACUGUAUGGCAAAGUCCAGGAGAUCCCUCAGAAAGAAACAACACCUUUCUACCCCCGCUCGCCUUAUGGAGCAGCAAAGCUCUACGCCUACUGGAUCGUGGUGAACUUCCGAGAGGCCUACAACAUGUUUGCCGUCAAUGGGAUCCUCUUUAACCACGAGAGCCCGAGGAGAGGAUCAAACUUUGUGACUCGUAAGAUCAGCCGUUCUGUGGCGAAGAUUCACCUUAAGCAACUGGAGAGCUUCAGUCUGGGUAACCUGGACUCCAAGAGGGACUGGGGCCACGCCAAGGACUACGUGGAGGCUAUGUGGCUGAUGCUGCAACAGGAGCAUCCGGAGGAUUUUGUCAUCGCAACGGGGGAGGUGCACAGCGUGAGGGAGUUUGUGGAGAAGGCCUUUAAACAUGUGGGGAAGAGCAUUGUGUGGGAAGGCAAGGAUGAGAACGAGGUUGGCCGUUGCCAGGAGACAGGGGUAGUGCAUGUGAAGGUGAACCCAAAAUACUUUCGCCCCACUGAAGUGGACUACCUACAAGGUGACAGCACCAAGGCAGAGCAGUACUUGGGUUGGAAGCCAAAAGUGACUUUUGAGGAGCUGGUGAAGGAGAUGGUGGAUGCAGACAUUGAGCUGAUGAAGAACAAUCCAAAUGCAUAAAGCCAAACGUGUCCAUUCGGUCUGGAUUUUUUUCCCCCAACACUCCAGUGCAGUGCCGCUGAAUCCCCGAGGUGGAUGUGCUACACUUCUCCUUUCAUUGUUUGUCACUUUACUUUUCCAAAUGAAGCAAUUCUGUCCUUUGUUCUAUGGUGAGGGAGAUUAGACCUUGUCAUUCAAUGCCUUUGUGUUUCGUCAUUUUCUGAGUAUCAUGAUGUUGAUUUUCUUUCACUGUCACAUAGCAGGGAUGCCUUUUUUCAUUUCAGGAGUAAUCAUGUGAUAAUUUAUGGACUAAAUUUUGAAGGGUUUUUUAUAGAUAUGUAUAUUUCUUUAUUUCAUUCAACUAUGAACUGAAUUCCUUUGACCAGGAUGUCAAGUUGCAGUUCUGUUCUCCUUCACUGAAGUGGCAGUAUACAACCAUUAAGGUUGUAUCAUUUACUGCUGGAAAUUAUAUUACUGUAAUCAUUAUUUUCAUCAGACAUUUAAAUCAACAUGUAAAAAUUUUGGUAAUAAAGAAUGCUCUU